AUGCAUGAACCUAUGGAAAUAAUAGAAGAUAAAAAUAAGAAAGUUACAAUUCCAAAGUUGACAAAAUAUGAGAGAGCACAUAUUUUGGGGGUUAGAGCUUCACAACUGAAUGGUGGUGCACCACCUUUUGUAGAUAUAGAAGAUGAGACUGAUAGUCUUAAAAUUGCCAGAAAAGAGUUAGAAGAAAGGAAAAUACCUUUUAUUGUAAGACGUAAAUUUCCUGAUGGUUCAUUUGAAGAUUGGCCUCUAAAUGAAUUGGAAUUAUAA